CCUUGAAUGCCUGGUUCUCCAAGCUCCUUGUGGGUCUGACAAAGCAGGGACCAUGUCUACCUUUGGCUACAGGAGAGGACUUAGCAAAUAUGAAUCCAUCGAUGAGGAUGAACUUCUCGCUUCCCUGUCAGCUGAGGAGCUGAAGGAGCUAGAGAGGGAGUUGGAAGACAUUGAACCUGAUCACAGCCUUCCCGUGGGGCUAAGGCAAAAGAGUCUGACCGAGAAAACCCCCACGGGGACAUUCAGCAGAGAGGCACUGAUGGCCUAUUGGGAAAAGGAGUCCCAAAAACUCUUGGAGAAGGAGAGGCUGGGGGAGUGUGGAAAGGUAGAAGAAGACAAGGAAGAGAGUGAGGAAGAGCUUGUUUUCACUGGAAGUAACAGUGAGAUUUCUGAGGAGGUGUAUACAGAAGAGGAGGAGGAGGAGGAGGAGGAGGAGGAGGAAGAGGAGGAAGAGGAAGGAACAGCUGAGAAGGAGAAAGGUAUUAAUGGAACUGUAAAUUAUGAUAGCACCGAUUCUGAUAACUCUAAGCCAAAGACAUUUAAAAGUCAAAUCGAAAACAUAAAUUUGACCAAUGGCCACAGUGGAAGGAACACAGAGUCGCCAGCUGCCAUUCACCCUUGCGGAAAUCCUACCGUGAUUGAGGAUGCCUUGGAAAAGAUAAGGAACGACGACCCUGACACCACAGAGGUCAACUUGAACAACAUCGAGAACAUCACGUCGCAGACCCUCGCCCGCUUCGCCGAGGCACUCAAGGGCAACACAGUGGUGAAGACCUUCAGUCUGGCCAACACACGCGCGGACGACAGCGCGGCCAUGGCCAUUGCGGAAAUGCUCAAAGUCAACCGGUACAUCACCAACGUCAACGUGGAGUCCAACUUUAUCACGGGCAAGGGGAUCCUGGCCAUCAUGAGGGCUCUGCAGCACAACACGGUGCUCACGGAGCUCCGCUUCCACAACCAGAGGCACAUCAUGGGCAGCCAGGUGGAGAUGGAGAUCGUCAAGCUGCUCAGGGAGAACACCACGCUGCUGAGACUGGGUUACCAUUUUGAACUCCCAGGACCAAGAAUGAGCAUGACGAGCCUCUUAACGAGAAAUAUGGAUAAACAGAGGCAGAAGCGGAUGCAGGAACAAAAACAGCAAGAGGGCUGUGAUGGAGGAGCCAAUCUUAGGACCAAAGUCUGGCAGAGAGGAACACCUGGCUCUUCCCCUCAUGCAUCUCCCAGGCACUCUCCCUGGUCAUCCCCCAAACUCCCCAAGAAAGUCCAAACUGUGAGGAGGAGCCGCCCUCCAUCUCCUGUGGUCCCACCCCCUCCUCCUCCCCCACCCCCCCCUCCUCCUCCUCCUCCUCCCCAAAAGCUGCCACCUCCUCCCCCACCCCCCCCUCCUCCGCUCCCAGAGAAAAAACUCAUCACUCGAAACAUUGCAGAAGUCAUCAAACAACAGGAGAGUGCCCAGCGGGCAUUACAAAAUGGACGGAAGAAGAAAAAAGGGAAAAAGGUUAAGAAACAGCCAAACAAUAUCCUAAAGGAAAUUAAAAAUUCCCUGAGGUCAGUGCAAGAGAAGAAAAUGGAAGACACUUCCCGACCUUCUACCCCACUGAGAUCAGCUCAUGAGAAUCUCAUGGAAGCUAUUCGGGGAAGCAGCAUAAAACAGCUAAGGCGGGUGGAAGUUCCAGAAGCUCUGCGAUAAAAACAUGAUCUUGAGAAGAGGAUGCAGAAUCAUUCAGCGGUAUUAAAUCGAAUGCAUUGUGACCUGUUUCUAAAGUACCUUCUUCAGUUUGAAAUGUUUCCUGACUUUAAAAAUAACCUCACCCAUUAAUUCCAAAAAGAAUUUUAAGAAACAAUCAGCAUGUUUCUUCUGUAAAUAUGAAAAUAAACUACUUUUUUAUGUUAUGAGAUUUGUAUUGGCAAGAAGCAGUUUAUUUAAAGAUGCUCUUAUAUCCCUGGAUGUGUUGGUAACUCCGAGCUGUUGUGAGUUAAUGAAAUGUGCUGUUAUUUUUGUAAUCCCAAUAAAUUUGGAUUGAAGUUUUUGGGUUUUUUUAAAACAAACUAAUUUUUGUGUGUUUGAGUUGAUGCAUA